CAACAGCAGCAACAACCACAACAGUCACAGCAACAGAUAUUGGUCCAGAGCACAACCCCAUCCAAGAAGCUGUCAUUGUCUCAGUAUAGACAGAGGAGGUCUCAUGAUCUUAGCAGAGAACUGCAGCAACAGCCACAACCGCAGCCACAGCCACAGCCACAGCCACAGCCACAGCCACAGCCACAGCCACAGCCACAGCCACAGCCACAGCUACACCAGCAACAGCAGCCACAGCAGCAGCAGCAACAGCAACAGCAACCACUACAAGCACAGAAACUACAGGUUCAGCAGGGAACCACAAAUGAUGAAGUGAGAAUACCUCUGUCAACAAAUAAUACACUUAACGAGCAAUACUAUUAUGUGCAGCGGGCAGAUGGUAGUAGGAUAUUAGCAGUUGUGUCAUUAAAUCAGGGAGCUUCAAAUACCACAGCACAACAGUCCUCUACAAGUACUGUCACAACAAUGGCAGGUUCACAAACGCCACACAUGAGUUCAGCCACAGUCGGUGCCAACUCUGUGUCUAAGGCAAAGCCUGAGGAGGGACUGAUUCUUAAUAGCAGUACUGUAGCAAAGUCUACAAGUCUGCAAGUAGCCCCAUCAAAUUCUUCCAGAGUCGUUUCCCCCAGCAUCCCUCCAGUGUCCAUAGCUGCCAAAACACCUCCACUCCAGGAACAAACUGUCCACUCUACUGUUUCAGCUGAGCAGACGGACACAGAAGGGAGUGGAAAACGGCGGUUUAUCAAGGGCCGUGUAGCAGUGUGUAGCAAUUGUGGCAUCCUGAGUGAAGACCUUCUAACGUGCCAAAGGUGUAAUCACAGGACAGACACAGCACGCACCCUGGCUCAGUCGACCAUCACCACCUCAGGGAAGAGCUCAACGGCUGAUUCUACAGUGGUGGGAGGAAGGGGUGUUGGCUUCUCAAACAUGCAUAUAAUGAAGCAGGACUUCUAUGGAAAGACAGGGGGUGGUGUCAGGAAGGGGGUGGAGAAGAAACCCACACCAAUUAUCAACCAGAAGGCCAAGGGGCGCGGCAGGGGGCGUGGCAAGACCUAUGAGGAGCCAGUUAUCUUGACCCUGUCUUCGGAUGAGGAGGAGGAUGACAAGCGGCCCCCAGGUGUGGCUGGGGCGGCAGGGAACGGGGCUUUCUCCAGCCUGGAAGUGAGUCACCCCAAGGUCCCCCCAGAACCCAUCAGCCACAAAGAACCCAUCAUUACCCUCAAGGAUGAUGUACCAAAGGAAGAUGCUAGCGGGGGGGUCACAGGUGGAGGGUUGCCAGAUCUCCAAAGUCUUGUCGAUGGCACCUUAAAGGGUCCAUACACAUCUAUACAGUGUAGAAGCAUCCGUAUUGGGUCGUACAAGGUCAUGCCUAAAGAGAGGGUAUUGAUUGUGCCUCAAGGUCUUCGCCUAAAGCUUCCCACAGUUAUUGAAGCACUGACUUUGGCUGGCUUGCACCCAGUGUCUAGGUCAGCAAUCAGGUUGAAUUCCUUGCCUAAGGAACAACGCGCUCGGUCCGGUGACCUCGACCCUCGAACUCAGAUUGCCGUUGUGACAGACUUGACCCUUGCAUGUCGUUUCUCUGCUGGGGAGAGCUUGGGAUCAUCCUCUGUGCAAAAGACAAACUCCAGGGGUGAAGCCCUGACCAGGAUCUCGUUGGCCUCCUUCUGGUCGAGCCCCUCAUACAGGUUUGGGGGUUUUGAUGCGCUCAGGAUCUCCUUCACUAGUGACUUUGUCUCCUCUGACAUCUUGCAGGGGGAGGAUUAUGAGUCACAAAAGCGCAUCACAAUCCUCCCUGACAAGAUGUCAGAGGAGACAAAGUCACUAGUGAAGGAGAUCCUGAGCGCAUCAAACCCCAAGCCUAAUGGUGGGCUUGGAACAAGUACGACUUCAGUGGACAUUGGGGCUAACCUGUAUGAGGAGCUCGACCAGAAGGAGGCCAACGAGAUCCUGGUCAGGUCUUCACCCAUGGAGGUGCAGAGCUUGAUAAAGAAGGCACCUGUCACAUCCGGUGCUAACGAGACCAAGACAUUGCUCAUAUACCCACCGCCACCGCAGAAGGGAGGAAUAUCUAUCACGACAGAUGACUACUGCUGCCUUGAGGAAGAACAAUUUCUCAAUGAUGUUAUCAUUGAUUUCUAUCUCAAAUGGCUACUCCAAAGCAAGCUGCCAGAGAUUCACCGCAGCCACACGCAUGUCUUCUCAACAUUUUUCUACAAACGGCUGACCUCAAAACCUAAGAGGGGCCGGAGACCCCAUACCACAGAGGAUGAUCCCAAGCUCUCCCCAGCAGAGAAACGACAUGCAAGGGUCAAGUCCUGGACAAAAAAUGUUGAUAUCUUUGAAAAGGAUUUCAUCAUCAUUCCUAUUAAUGAACAUGCCCAUUGGUUUCUGGCAAUAAUAUGCUUCCCUGGCUUAGAUUCCCCAAUCAGAAUUUGUGAUGGCCAGCCUGUGGCCCGGCCACUAUCUGACAAACCCAAGCGACGUAGAUCUACCAGGCCCAAAAACAGAAUUGAGCAGAUCCCCAUCAUUGAUGAUGGUGAGUGGAGUGAUCGGGAUGAGGCUGAGGGAGAGGAGGAUGAACUUGAGGAGGAUGAGGAAGAGGAGGAUCUCCCAGCCACCAAGAAGACCAAGCUGGAAGCAGGCAAGGCUGAAGAGGCACAGGGGCCCAAGGAGGCAGCCACCCCGCCACCUGCUAUUAAGCAGCCCUGCAUCCUAAUAUUUGACUCCCUGACUGGUGCCAAUCGUUCACGUAUCGUGGCAACCUUGAGGGACUACCUGGCUGUGGAGCACAAGAUCAGGAGAGGCAGUGAGAAGCUCUUCAGCAGAGACACGAUGAAAGGUGCCUGUCCUCGUGUCCCCCAGCAGAUGAACUACUCUGACUGUGGAAUUUACACACUGCAAUUUGCUGAGAGUUUUUUUGAGCACCCAUUGAAAGACUACACCUUCCCAAUCCGCUCUCUCACGGAGUGGUUCCCCCACGAAGUGGUCAGGGGGAAGCGGGAAGCCAUGGCAAAGCUGAUUCGCAACCUCAUGGAGCAACACAACCCCAACCACAGCUCCAUCACUCUCCCAGACAUCUACUUCAGCUCCGAUGACAAGAAGGACAAAGGAGGGACAAGCACAGCUCAUGCCAGUGAUGCCUCCCAGUCACAGAAAGAGGUGUCAGGGAAGCCAGGUGACAGCAAGACUCCAGAGGUGCAGCUGAAGAAGGAGCAAGAGAGGGUCAUCAUUAAGGAUGGGGUUCUAACCCAGGCUGAUGGAGUGGGAAGAGAACAGAAUCACAGGAUGGAGAUGUCCAGCAGUGCUGAAGUAGUCACUUCUCUCCCAAGCAGUGAUAGCACUGCCUGUAUUAAGGUGAACAGAGUGACACCCUCAAAGAUAACACCCACAAAGUCCCCCACCAUCAAUCCAGCCAUGUCCAAGUCUCCCUCCAGUUACACGCCAGUGAAAACGUUACCAAAUUCUAGUAGUAUAAUUACAAGCCAAGUGAAUUCAGUGAAAUUUCAAGGCACAACUUACUCACAAGCAAAAGGUAUACCAACAUCAAGAGUAGGUGAUGCAACUAUUGUACAAGAAACACAAUCUCCUCAGGUGAACAAUGUGAGAAGACAGGUGGUGUACUCGAGUGAUGAUGCCAUUUUCCCAGUCAAAGUUGAUCAAAAAAAAGUUCCUAUCAGAGAAAACAAUUCAGCGCAGCUCAACGAAACACACCAGGGCACAGAAGUCAGUGUAAGUAAGAUGUCAGCACUCACUUUGCUUCAGUCAGUAUACAGUGAUGAUGAAAGUGUAAUAAGUAACAAGAUGAUGGGGGUCCAGUAUGAUGGCAGCAACUGUUUAAAUCAGGUGAAGUCUGGGCCCAGUGUAGUGAAAGGUAAUGAAAAAGUGGCUGUGCCAGAAAUGAAUGGUGCAUUGGAACAGAUGGCAAGGGAGAAAAUUCAGACGUCGGUGCAGAAUGUGGUAAGUGUUGUAAAUGGUACAGUUCAUAGUGACCUGAAAGGUAACCACAUCAUGCAGGUGUCUCCCAAUAAAAGUCUCCCCAUGCAGUCCCCUGUUCUUAAAUGUAUUGACACCCCCCAGGCCCUGCAUUCCCAUCCUCAGGCCAAAAACUUUCCAGCUGCCAGUCAGUAUAUAUCAAAUGUAAAUACUUCCAAUAUAACAGUUCAGAACAUAAAUAACACAAAGACAACUUUCCCAUGUAGUCCACUUACAAAAUCUCAUCUCCACUCUAUGGCUCCUUCUCCACAGUCCAAGAAAGUAGAGUCAGUGAUGACAGGCAGCCUUGGUGUGGACAAGGUGGGAAACCCGGUGAAGGCAGUUGAGUCCUCUGGCCAGACAGCCAUCAUUGAUGAGGACACGGCUGAGGUGCUACUCAUCAUGCCUGCCAAGAACCAGACAUCUGGCCAGAUUCCUCGAACUGCCAAGAAGCAACUAGAGAACUCUUCGCCAGAGGACGACAGCAUCACGAUAGAAGAAGGCCCGGGUUUUGGGGGCUAUGUGACAGCUGACCGCAGGCCCAUGAAGAACAGCUUAUCGUCUGGAAUGCCAAAGAUGGGUGCUGUGGGAGGGGGGCAUGAGCGUGGUGACGUCAGACGCAGUAGUGGUGCAUUUGGCACUUCUCCACCACACUCUGGGUCUUCCUCUCCCACACAUGCAGGGGGCACUGGCACUCCUGCUGUGUUUAGGUUCAGUGAGCGUGGCACAUCUUCAGGCAGGACUAUUGCUCCUCCUAAGCGUUACCUUGAUGAAGAAGAUGAGCUAUAUCCCAAAAAGCGACGUGAUAAAACAGUACAAGGCAAAGCGCGUAGCAUUGUCAGAUAAAUCCUAGGCGCAUUUGCAGAAACUAGUGAAUAUUACAUGUUUUUAGAAUAAAUUGUGAUGGUGAGCUUCUAGUUCAUACUGGAAGAAUGUCAUGAUUAUCAAAAAAAUAUAUUAUUUUUUCAGGAGAACAAAAGAGAGAAAAAAAAAUCUGUUGUAAAUAGCCUGAUUAGUGUCUUUUUUUUUUUAAGUAUAAGCCUUCUGUUUGAGGUGUUGAAUACUCUUAUUAUUGACAGUGGUACAUUGGAAAAAGUCCUCUUUUAACUUGUCAGUACAAGGGGAAAUUUGCAUGUAAUUUAAGACAAAUAAAUUACCCAUACAAUUUACAUAUUUUAAAUCUGCUAUGUUAGCAGUGUAUAUAUAUAUUUAUAUAUAUAUAUGUAUAUACAUGUCUGUCAACAUAUCCACUGUGAAUUGCUUGUGUAAGUAGGCCAGUGAUAAAAACCGGUAUGUCGUUUUCAACAUGCAAAUAAGCUUUUUAUCAGCUGAGUAAGGGAGUUUGAAAGGGAAAAAGUUCUCAGGAAGGUGUGUGACAAAACUAACUACAAGCGUUUUUUUGAUUGUUAGAAGGAACAGUUAUAUAUAUAUAUAUGCAUUAAAGUCUCUCCUCGCGUACAAA